CGCGGAGGGAGGGCAGCCCGGCUGCGGGAAGCGAGGCUCCGCGCUGGGACUGGUUCCUUCGCAGCCAUUUUCCGUCCAACCAAACAGCCGAUUUGCGGAGGGAGCCAACCAGGGCCGCACUGGAGGUCUUCUUGUUGGCCACCACAUCAGAACCUUGAGAGAAGAGCACCAAAGGAUGCCCAGAGAGUGAGGCAGGGCAGGACCAGGAAAUGCUAAAAUGUGACUCAGAAGGCACAUAGGAGUAACAGGUGUCUCAGGGAGGAUGAGGAUGCAGAGCUGGUCCCAUGGUCUGGCUAGAAGUUUGUCAGUGGGCUUGACAAACCAACACGGAGAGUAAAGAUGGAUGGUGACAGCUCCACAACAGAUGCUUCUCAGUUAGGAAUUGCUGGAGAUUACAUUGGUGGCAGUCACUAUGUCAUACAGCCUCAUGAUGACACAGAAGACAGCAUGAAUGAUCAUGAAGAUACAAACGGUUCAAAAGAGAGUUUCAGAGAACAAGAUAUAUAUCUUCCAAUUGCAAAUGUGGCAAGGAUAAUGAAAAAUGCCAUACCCCAAACAGGAAAGAUUGCUAAGGAUGCAAAGGAAUGUGUACAAGAGUGUGUAAGUGAAUUCAUCAGCUUUAUAACAUCAGAAGCAAGUGAGAGGUGUCACCAAGAGAAAAGAAAGACAAUCAAUGGAGAGGAUAUUCUCUUUGCCAUGUCUACCUUAGGGUUUGAUAGCUAUGUUGAACCUUUGAAGUUAUACCUCCAAAAAUUCAGAGAGGCAAUGAAAGGAGAAAAGGGAAUUGGGGGAACAGUUACAACUGCAGAUGGUCUAAGUGAGGAGCUCACAGAAGAAGCAUUUACCAACCAGUUGCCAGCAGGCUUAAUAACCACAGAUGGCCAACAGCAGAAUGUUAUGGUCUACACAACAUCAUAUCAACAGAUCUCUGGUGUUCAACAAAUUCAGUUCUCAUGAUUUUGAAGAAAAUUUUCCAUCUGGGAACAUGAAACGGAAAACCUGUGCAACUCUAAUGAAGAGGCAGUUUUAAUGACUGGUGAAGAGAUUUAUCUCUUUGUAUAUUAAAUAGCUGUAAUGUAGCUACCAGAAGCUUGACUAAUUGAGGUGUGAGUUCUGACUCAAAUCUUUUUCAUGAUGAUUUUAAAGAAAUAAUUGGAUUUUAAAGGUAUUAAAGUAUUUUUGUUUUGUACAAAAGUUUGUUGCUCUGUAUAACUCCUGUAUGCAUUGUAUAUUGCAAUUUAUUACUGUCAGAGAUUUGUAGACAGUUUCUUAUUUUCAUAUUGAAUCAUGUUACUUUUGUAAUUCAGGUAAACAGCUGGGUUAAUUCAUGCUUACCCUUUGAAUAAAAUUGUAAGGGUAAAGUUCA